AUGUCAAAGAUCUUUGGCUCAUCUGUAGACCCAGAAACUCAGAAAGGGUCCUUUGAGCUAGAGAGAGUUAUAGAGAGGGAAGGGAUGAAGGAGGUCUUUGGGAGUCCAGGAAAGGUGAGUGGGCUGGCACUGAGAAUUGGGCAGUGCUCUUUUGCUGCUGCUUCUAUUGGAGUGAUGUAUCCCUACAAGGUCAUCCAAAUAAUCUCUUCCUGGUGGAGGAUAGGUCUCCCACUUCCAGAGGGGUUUAACAAGUUUCUUGAUAAAUUCUAUUUAAUUGCAUCAAUGGGGCUUCAAGUUCUUUGGAGUUUGGGACUUGCUUGCCUUGAUUUGCAUGCUUUGAGGUCAAAGAGAAGCUUGCAGAAUCCUGUUUUAGUGAGCCUAUUUGUUGUUGGGGAUUGGGUGACAGCUAUUCUGUCGUUGGCCGCUGCAUGCUCAUCAGCUGGAGUGACAGUUCUGUAUUCGAGAGAUUUGAAUUACUGCGGGCCACCGGCACAUCUUCCAUGCAGCAGGUUCCAAAUUGCUGUUGCAUUCGCGUUUAUCUCAUGGUUCCUCCUUGCUGUUUCGUCCAUUGUCAUGUUUUGGUUGCUAGGUGCGGUAUGA